GUUAGCAAACACUUCCGCUCUAACCUACAUCCGGUUGCUCUCCCGCCGUGCUGUGCGCGGCCGGUCACAGGAAGCGUAAGGAUGUCUGGCUGGGAGCGUGAUAGCGGACGGAGCUCCGGGGAUGGACGGAGCUCCGGGGAUGGGCGGAUCUACGUGGGUAAUCUGCCGUCCGAUGUCCGGGAGAAGGAGCUGGAGGAACUGUUCCACCGCUACGGCCGGAUUCGCACCAUCGAGUUGAAGAACCGAGGCGGCGGCGCUGCACCGUUCGCUUUCAUCAGCUUCCAGGAUCCGAGGGAUGCGGAAGACGCCGUGUUUGGACGGAACGGAUACGAGUUUGGCUCUUGCCGGUUACGUGUAGAGUUCCCGCGAUCGAACAGAGGCCCCGGGGGCGGUUAUGGCGGCCCUCGUGGAAGAAACGGACCCCCAUCCCGGAGAUCUGAGUACCGAGUCCUUGUAUCAGGUCUUCCGCCAUCAGGGAGCUGGCAGGAUCUGAAGGAUCAUAUGAGAGAAGCAGGAGAUGUCUGUUAUGCUGAUGUACAUAAAGAUGGAAUGGGAAUAGUGGAAUUUAUUCGGAAAGAAGACAUGGAGUAUGCUUUGAGGAAACUGGAUGACACUAAAUUUCGGUCACAUGAAGGUGAAACCGCUUACAUUCGCGUCUGUGCAGAAAGAAACGCCAGUUACUCGCGAUCUAGAUCCCGUUCAAGAGGCCGCGAUUCUCCCUAUCAAAGUCGUCGUUCUCCUCGUUAUGCCUCCCCCUUCCGACAGUACUGAUCUGCCACACAGGGACACUUUCUAUGAAUUGAAUUCUAAAGACCAUCUGCUCUUACAUUCCACAACUGAUGGAGUUCAUUAUCUUUUAUACCAUUAUUUCUGCCCCUAAUUUUUAUUUUAUUUUUUAAAGGAAAAGUGUGAUCUUUGCAUCAGAUGUACUUGUUUUCUUUUACGUUCUGUCAUCUUU